AGCAGCGGCGGCGGAGGGAGCGCAAGCGGGCGCCGAGCCGGAGCCGGAGCCGGAGCCGGGGGGCGAGCAGCCGCGCAGGUAGACUGGAGCCGCCGCCUGGCCGGGCGUGCGCGGGAGACGGAAGGCCGCCGCCGCCUCCGGCCGCGCAGAGGGGAGCGGGGCGUCGCUCCGAGCCGGCUUGCGGGCGCCCCUCGAGCGCGCCGCCCGGGAUCCUACCUCGUGGGCAAGAGCGCGGACCGGCUUCGCGGAGAGGCAUCGCGGCUGCGGCUGGCCGCCACCGGGCUCCUCUCCGGCUUCCUUCGGAGCCCCCCGUCCUCGCCGCCCGGGAAGCGGGCGCAGCCGGCGGCCUCCGCGGCGCUUUGACUUCGGCCCUUCGGCGAGUGGCUUUUUCUCUUUUGGGUGCCUUUUCCGUUUGGGAUUUUAACCGGGUGCCUGGAGGAUGAUCGCGGGCAGAGGGCUUCGGGGCCGCUGAAUCCGACGGGCGGGACUGCCUCGUUCUUCGUCCAGGGAGAAGAGCCCCCCUGCGUCUCCUCCCAAAGACCCUCCAAGGAGACUUCCAACAUGAAGCAAAGUUCGCUUGGGACCUUUUUGCAGUUUUUCGGGGAAUCGGUGGCGUUUGAGUGAAAGCAAGGGGCAGAAGAGAGCCCCCCCCCCUUAAGCAACGGACUGCCCUUCCAACCCCCCCCCUGUGGCUGGAAAGGGGGGAGCGCAGGAGAAAGCGGGAAGCUCCCCCCGGCCAAGAAACCCCCAACCCUUCCUUGGGACUCUCUCCUCUUCAGCCCUCCCCGCCCCCACCCCCCUUUAGCUCCAGCCAAUGCUUUUCACAGUUCCCCCAUCUAUAAAAGAAGGUUUUAUUCUUGGGCUCCAAUCUCACGCCAAACCCUGUCAUACCGUCUAGACAAGUUGUCGUGGGUCUAAGUCCAGCUGUCACCAUGGGGAUGGCGAGUGGUCCGCUGUGAAUUUUUGGGAGAGAGGGAGAGAGACGCCAGGGGUGGGGGAGAAUUACCCAGCGCAAAAAGAAUUUGGUUGCCCUUUGGGAAGGUUUGUUGGGCAGGAGGGGGCCGGCUGCUCCCCCCCCCAUUCCUUCCCACCCUGCCACCCCCUCUUUGCUCUUCACCCUGCUUGCCUAGUUAGCAGGGAGGGGAGAGCCAAAGGGGACCUCACAUGCGUCUGUCAUAUAACCCCUUGGCGAUCUAUUUAAAGCAAGAGGCCUUGCUGGACUUUGUCUCAGCCUAUUUAUGAAUCCCUUGGACUUGGCAAGUAAGACUGCGGAGUAUUAACGCGGAGCUUUGGAACAAUCGGCAAAGCGAGUCAAUCGCAGCGCCUGGCUGCUCUCCGGGGGGAGAACCGUCUGCCGGCGCCAGUGGACAGAGCUCAGCUGGGCCAAGGGAGAGCAUGAGGGCCCCCCAAGCUCUCCUGCUCUGCUCUUCCUUGGCGGUGCUGUUCCAGCCCGGCUCCUGCCAGCCCUACCUCCGUCUCAGACCCUCCCCUAGUGAUAACCUGCCCAUCAAGGACAUUAUCGAGCAUCCUGACCCGGAGUAUGACCCCAAGGAGCAAGACCUGGAUGACCGGACUUUGCGGAAGAAACUGGGGAGCAAUUUCGACCCUGCUUUCAUGUCAGUGGUCGCCCCAGCCCAGGUCAAUCUCUCCAGCCCUGACCCGCUGCACAGGUUCAAGGUGCCAGGACCGUUGCCCAGUGAGUUGAAAAAGCUGGAGCUGGGCGAGACGCCUUAUGGGGCUAGACUCAAGAUGGGCAAGAAGGCACGCCGGAAGUUUCUGCAGUGGCUGUGGGCGUACACCUACUGCCCGGUGCUAUACACCUGGAAGGACUUGGGCAUCCGAUUCUGGCCUCGUUACAUCAAAGAAGGGAACUGUUUUGCGGAGAAGUCUUGCUCCUUCCCGGAGGGCAUGUACUGUAAGCCGGUCAAAUCGGUCACCAAGACCUUCUUGAGAUGGUACUGCCAAGGGUGGUCAAGGCAAAAGUAUUGCACCUGGAUCCCCGUGCAGUACCCUGUUAUUUCAGAGUGCAAAUGUUCCUGUUAGCCUCGCUUUUGGGGUGCUCGGGAUCCCAGAGAGCUCCCUGCUCUGUGCGUGUGUCGUGUCUGUUGUGUGCGGCUCAGCUCCUGGGGGUGUCUUCUACUGGAAACCAUUCAGUGCCUUAGAAUGGGGUGGAACAGGCCCUGUUCUUCAAACCGCACAUGGGGCCCCUUUGAUGAGGCUGAGGAUCCAGCCAGUGUCGGUCCCGCAUAUGGCAGGUGCCAAUCAUCUUGCCACCCCAAGGAGGGAUUGGAUCAGCUGGUCAAGAACUGGGUGGUCCUGUGACACAACUUGCACUCCCUACACCCCAAAACAAUGACACACCUUCAAAAGAGACGUGGCUUGUUAAUUUCUCUGUCUCCUGUUUUUUCCCCCAGCAGCCCCUUGCACUGUUAUUUUUUUUAAAAAAUAAUUAUUUUAUUUUAUUUGAAAUGGGAAAAACAAAACCCAAAAAGGAACUGCAGUGCAGGCCAGAGAAAAAGCUAAGCACUACCGAGAUGUUUAUUUUUAUACAUAUAUAGCAUUCUAACAAAAAAAAAUUACCAUCUUUGUAAAUAUAGAGAUUUUAAAAGGGGAAAAUUUCAGCUGUUUUUUAUUUUAAUUGUUAUUAUUAUUAUUAUUAUUUACUAAUUCAAUGAUGCAGGACCACAUUUCGAACCCAACCCUUUAGGAACUGGACACUUUUUUUCAGCAACUGGGAAGGGAGAUUUUUUUUUUCCUAUAGCGAUGGUUGUUGCCCAGCUUAGCCUGAGUGCUUUAAAGAUGUUUUAUUUCUAUUUCCUGUUUUUUGUUGUUUUUAUUUGUCAGUGAUCUUCAGACUAAUUUUCAAAGUCUCUAGGGUUUUUUUUAAUUGUAUAUGGAUUAAGGAGAUUUUUUUUAAAAGUAGGAACUUAUGAAAGAGUGACGGAGUUUUUUGUUUUGGAAUACAUAUAGUAAUGUAGAGAUGUUAAAAGACAUUUCUUGUGUACAGUUUUAUUUAUUUUUGAUGUUUGUGUAUAGAAGAAAAAAGCUAGAGAUUAUGCCAGAAAAUAUUGAAAAUGUUUACUUGAAUAUUCCUUUCGCAACAUAUCAGUGUACAUAUCAACCAUGACUGAUCAAAACAUUUUUAGCAAUAAACUCUAUCUUUG